AUGUUUCACACGUUUAAAGAAUGGUUUUGGCUGGAAAGAUUCUGGCUGCCUCCGACGAUAAAGUGGUCAGACCUCGAGGACCAUGAUGGAGUCACCUUCGCGAAGCCCUCCCACUUGUACAUAACCAUCCCUUACGCCUUCGUCUUGCUGAUUAUCAGACAUUUCUUUGAAAAGUUCAUCGCAGUGCCUCUGGCCAGGACUUUAGGCAUCAAGGAGCGGCGGAGAACCAUCGCGUCCCAUGCGGCCUUGGAGAGUUUCUUCUGCCACCGCUCCAGGCGGCCCAAUGCAGCUGAUGUCUAUGGGCUGGCCAAGAAGAGCCAGCUGACGGAGCGCCAGGUGCAGCAAUGGUUCCGAAGCCGGCGGAACCUGGACCGGCCGUGCAGAAUGCAGAAGUUCCAGGAGGCCUGCUGGCGGUUCACCUUCUACUUCCUGCUCACCAUUGCUGGCGUUGUGUUUCUCUACGACAAACCGUGGGUGUACGACCUGUGGGAGAUGUGGAAUGGCUACCCCCGCCAGGCCUUGCUCCCCUCCCAAUACUGGUACUACGUCCUGGAGAUGAGCUUCUACUGGUCUCUCUUGUUCAGGCUCGGCAGAGAUGUCAAGAGGAAGGAUUUCCUGGCACACGUCAUCCACCACCUGGCCGCCAUUAGCCUGAUGAGCUUCUCGUGGUGUGCAAACUACAUCCGCAGCGGCACCCUCGUUAUGAUCGUGCAUGAUGUGGCCGACGUCUGGCUGGAGUCGGCGAAGAUGUUCUCCUACGCGGGCUGGAAGCAGACAUGCAACGUGCUCUUCUUCAUCUUUUCUGCCGUCUUCUUCCUCAGCCGCCUUGUGGUCUUCCCUUUCUGGCUCCUGCACUCGACGCUGAUCGUGCCCCUCUACUACCUUCGGCCCUUCUUCUCCUACAUCUUCCUCAACCUGCAGCUGCUGCUUCUGCAGAUGUUGCAUCUCUACUGGGGCUACUUCAUCCUCAGGAUGCUCAAACGCUGUAUCUUCAUGAAGAGCUUGCAGGACGUGAGAAGUGAUGAUGAGAAUGACGAGAAUGAUGAUGAGGAGGAGGAAGAGGAGGAAGAGGAAGAGGAGGAAGCAGUCAAGGGAGAAACUGCCAACAGCAGAAAGAGAGACUGCUUGAAGAAUGGCCUGGGGGCCAGCAGGGACAUUAUACCUAACGGCCAGCAGGAUCACUAG